CGAAAUUUUGCCUCCCUCUCCGCGAUAUCUGAGUCUAGCGAUUAUACUGAAUUCUGACAUACUACAUGUGUAUAUUGUAAAGUCCAAUCAGAUUCCCACCUGACAUCCUAUACCCAGCCGUGCAUUAUAAAUGAGCGCUACUUCUACCGUCCUACACUGGGGAUAAAAGAUGGCCAGCUACCGACUUCACUACUUCGACGUAAGGGGCAGGGGAGAAAUAGUACGAAUGCUCUUCAAACUGGCCCAGGUUGAGUUUGAGGAUAUUCGAGUUACUCAGGGUGAAUGGACUGAUGUUAAGCAUGACACCCCUACUGGAGAACUACCGUACCUAGAGGUCGGUGAAAAGCAGCUGACACAGAGUCUGACCAUCGCACGCUACCUAGCCAGGGAGUUCGGUUUAGCUGGGGACACGAACUGGGAGCGUGCACUGGUGGAGCAAGUGGUGGACACAUGUGAUGACCUGAGAGCAGAGAACGCCAAGAUCAUCCAUGAAAGAGACCCGGACAGGCUGGCAGUAAUGAAAUCAAAGAUGAAAGACCAAAUACUUCCCAAAUACUUGAACAGACUUACUAAAUUUCUAAAUGAACAUGGAGAUAGAUAUUUCGUCGGAUCAAAGAUAACGUUGGCAGACAUUGCUGUCCAUGAGGUACUGACCACCUUCCUCCAGAACGACCCGUCAUGCCUUGACAAGCACGAGCUACUACGGGGACAUCGACAGUUAGUGGAGCACCACCCCAACCUGAGUGAAUACCUCUCCUCCAGACCCCGCUUUGUCGUAUAACUCGUCACCUGAACUAGAACCCAUGUCUUCAGAGCCAUGCAGGCCGUCAAUACAGGCGAUAUACCGCGAUAUAUCAGGGGGGACAAACUGUACUGCGUGAUAUCAGAGGAAAAGUGUUAACGUACGAUUUAAUAUUGUCAGUAUAAAUGUAAGGCACGUGGUAUCGUUUGGUUUACAAAGCGUAAACUGUCCUAUUUUAUACUUGUAAAACAUAGAAAUAAUAAGAUUCAAUCAUUUUCCAUUUAUAAGUAAGAACUUAUUUCCUUUAAUGGAUUUUCAGAAAACUUCAAAAUGAUGUUAAAAUUGCCAUCAAAGUCAGAAAGCGAUAACACUAAACCGUUUCUCGAAUUUCGGUAUUCUUGACUUCUUUAUUGCUUUUAUAUAAAGGGUCUAACCCCCAAACAUUGCUACGUGCCUUGAAUGUAAUAUUUACCCGCAGUGCGAAAAAAGUGACAAGUAAGAAUAGAAUUACAGAAUAGAGAGAGAGAGAGAGAGAGAGAGAGAGAGAUAGAGAGAGAGAGGACAAAUUUAAUAAAUACAUAUAUUUACGGGUAUUUUCUUCUGCAUGUUAUUUGAAAAAAUUACAUCAAAUAUGUAAUGUUUUAACAUACAAUUUUAUUAUGAAUCUAAGGAAGAGUGUUUACCGCACACAAUCUAAGUUUGGGUUAUGUAUUUGAGAGAAACGGGGCUUGAUUGUCAUGUCGAUUUUUUAACCGCCGUAAUUAUGGAAAAGAAGAGUUCUAAACAUGUAGGAUAAUACUUAAACCAGUUUGAAUUUUAAAGGUCAAACAUUUGCGUUUUCCUACUGUUAAUUUUUGAUAGAAAUCUCGAAUUUCAAUUUUCCAGUGGAUCGAUCAGAUGAGUAAUUGAUUGAUUUAUUAUCCAGCCUCUUUUAUAGAAGGUAUUUUAACAAGUAUGAACAUUUGUGAAGUAUUUGUUUCAGAUCGCGUGUAACCACCUGCUGGGGGGGGGGGUUGAUGAUACAAUGUGCAUGUAAUUAGAAUCGUUAUUAUAUAUAAUAGAUAUGUUAUUACUAAGACAAUACUAGGCAGAUAUGUGUGUAGGUUUUAAAAGGUCCUGUGCAUGGAUUCUUUUGUAUUACGGUUAAUUUAAACAGAUAUGUGACCCUAUUUUUUUUUAAUGGUUAAAUGGGCACGGUUAACAUUUUCAAUAGAUUAAAAAUUCACUCAAGAAUUAACUCUUGGUACAAGUAUUAUUGGGUUUCAGUGUUAGAUGUUGUUAGAUAUGGCCAAGAAUCGAUCAAGCAUGCAUUUAGAUAAUGAUUAAGUUUAUUCAACAUGUUGAUAUUCCAUAUAGAUUUCCGCAAAAACAUACAAGAUCUUAAAAAUCAUAAUAAAUAUUCAUUCAUAAAAUAUUAAUGAUAACAAAGAUUAUGAAUUAAAAUCAAUAUUUAGUUGGGUUUGGUUUUUUGGGGGUUUUUUUUUGGGGGGGGGGGAUUGUACUUUGCGAUUUGUUAAGGCAGCAUGUCUCUGCGUCUGGUAAUUAUUCAGGGAGGUUGGUGGGUCAGCUGCUACAUGAAAGUCCUGUGUUAUUUAUACACGUGUUGUACUUAGUGAAUGUGAUAUAUUCUCUGUCAUGUAUCCUCUUAUGUUUAUUUAUUUAUUUAUUUCUCGUAAAUUUGUAGUAUAUAUCAGCAUAUAUAUCAAGAACAAAAGUUUUGUGUCUCCUUACUGCUGUUAUGAAUUAUACAAUGUGCAAUUCUUA